UUGACACGAAGUGAACGGAUGUAGACGUAAUUUCACGGAAGCCGGAGCCGGGUGAGUAGUUUUUUUAUCCAUCUAUAAUCUAGAUGUAGUGAUAAGCUACAAUGGGAAAAAAGAGAGUUAAAGAAAAGCCCACUGAUAAGAACCAGCCAUCAGCUAUUUCAGGUUCUCCCUGUAAACACUGCCACAAGUCUACUGAUCAGAAUCUGCUUAAAAAGAAACUACAAGUUGGCCAAUUCCUCAUUUGCCAGGAUUGUGAAGAAAGUGUGAACAAAAAUACAGAAGAUGUAAAAGAAUGCUCUGAAAGCAGUGGAAUUUGGAUUUGUCUCCGAUGUGGUCAUCGGGGUUGUGGAAGAGAUUCUGAAAAUCAACAUGCUGUAAAACAUUUUGAAAAACUACAUUCAGACCCUCACUGUUUAGUACUAAGUUUGGACAACUGGAGUGUUUGGUGUUACAUAUGUGAAGAUUAUGUGCAAUAUUCCAGCACAGGACAUUUGGGACAGCUUGUAACGUAUUUUCAAAAACUAUAUUUUUCAGCGCCAAGUAAGAAAAAUAAAACUAAAUGUUUUAAAGAGAGUGAAAACCAAAUACAUAAGUUGGAGAAUAAAAAGGUAGAAAAGGAAAAUAAAAAUGAGCAACACAAAGACAACCAGAAGAAUGAGACCGCUGUAGAAUGCAACAUCACAUCUUCACAUGAAAGCAGAACUGUCGCUGUGAAAGGUUUUAGUAACCUUGGAAACACAUGUUUCUUCAAUGCAGUUCUACAGAUUCUUUCACAAACACAGCUGCUUAGGCAGCUUAUCCAGGAAAUAAAGGAUGAAGAAACAGUCAAAAAUGUAGCCUUUGUGUCAACACAGCAGGAUCCGAUUCAGAUUAAGCUGGACAGACCAGGGCCCUUGACAUUGGCACUAUGGAAGUUUUUAGCUGAAAUCCAGGAAACAAAGAAAGCUAUUGUAACUCCAAAAGAAUUAUUCUUUCAAGUGUGUAAAACAGCUGCAAGGUUUAAAGGAUUUCAGCAGCAGGACAGCCAGGAGCUACUUCGCUAUUUAUUGGAUGGAAUGAGAUCUGAAGAGUAUAAAAGGAUAAAAGCAGGAAUUUCAGCAGCAUUAAAUGAUUCUGAAAAGAAACUUUCCGAAGAGGAAACAAGGAAAUUAGUAACAGAGUAUGAAAAGAAAGCUUUUACUCAAAACUUUGUUGAUCAGGUUUUUAGUGGAGAAAUAACAAGCACUAUUAAGUGUGAAGAAUGUGAAACAAUAUCAUUUGUAACUGAGAUGUUCCUAGAUUUGUCUCUCUCAAUUUCUUCUCAGGCAUAUAAAAAGAAGCAACCAAGGAAAAACGGAAAAAGGCUAAGUGAAUAUGAAGAUAAUGAUGAUUCUUUUGCUUUGACAAUUGAUAUGGAUGAUAUGCCCACUAGUGUUACAAGCAAAUAUCAGCAAAAGAAACUGAAAAAGCAAACAAAAAAGCAAGCAAAAAGUCAGCGACGGCAACAAAAGCUAAAAGAAAAGGUUACUCCUCUUUGUUCAACUAAUCUAAAUGUGCAGGAAAAUCAAUGUAACAAUGAGGCUUUGUAUCAAGACAGUGUCAUCCAGACAGAAAUUCAAACAUCAGCCAAAGAUGAUUCAGUUUCAGAUGAAAAUGAAUUGAAGCAGUCAGAAAAAAUGAGACUUGUAACUUCAGAACCUUAUGAACAUAGCAGCAAAACUAUUGUUAACUCUUAUGUUGAACAAGCCAAAAAAGUGUCUGACAUAUUAGACACCACCUUGGAGGAAGAAGAAGAAGAAUUGAUUAAUGGGAUUAGUGGCAUACAUCUGAAUGAAGAUAUGCUAUGCCAUGAGGAUAUACAUUUAGAAAUGAAUAACUGUAAUAACGUGUUUGUUGCCAAAGAAUACACUGUGGUUAAACAAGACCAAGAAUUGGCUUUUGUUACACUUGCAAAGAGAGACCCUCCUGCAAAACAAGAAUGUUCAGCUGAGUCGUGUUUAUAUCAGUUUACUGAAAUUGAGAAACUCACUGAUAAUAACAAGCUCCUUUGUAAUACCUGCACCAAGAGAAGGAAUAGGGGAGUGCAUACUGUGUCUCAUGGUGAGAAGAACAAUAUCUACACCAAUGCACAAAAACAGAUGCUAAUAUCAGUGGCACCCCCUGUUCUUACCCUGCAUAUAAAAAGAUUUCAGCAGACUGGAUAUGGCAUAUGUAAAGAAAAUAGGCAUGUGCAGUUUCCCCAGAUCCUUGAUUUGGCCCCAUUUUGUACUGUUGGUUGCAAGAAUGUUACAGGAGAUAAACAAGUGUUGUACAGCCUUUACGGAGUAGUGGAGCACAGUGGGACUAUGCGGUCUGGACAUUACACUGCCUUUGUUAAGGUCCGAAGCAGCACCCAGUGUUUGGAGCACCUUAAUGGAACAGUGCCUGAAAUGGUUAAUGCCAGUGCAUUCAAAGGAUCCUGGUUUCAUAUAAGUGACACCAGUGUUCAAGCUGUGUCAGAAGUGAAGGUCCAAAAUGCUCAAGCCUAUCUUCUCUUUUAUGAGAGACUUCCAUAGUUCUGUCAUUUUAACAGUGCCUAGUAAAACCACAUCAAGUUGUUUCUCCAGAAAUGUAAUGGGACUGCAGUAAUGUAACAAAUAAAAACAUAAAUUUUUCCAUUUAUUUGAAAUAUGUUGGAAAGUGGUAUUUUCUGUUACUAUGCAAAAAUUUUGUUUAGUUUUCAUUUUUCUGGUUUUACCUUCAUAACUGUAACAUAAUGUAAUGUAGAUUUUUGAAAACAACAAAUUUGUAAUAAUGUUUUCCAAAAUAAAAGUUUGGGGAAAAAAUAA